GGGGGUACGGGUGCUCGUCGGACUGGGCGGGGGCGCUGGUGGAGGCGGCAGGCGGGGCGACGCUGGACGCGCACCUGCAGGCGUACGUGCUGGGGCCGCUGGGGAUCACCUCUGACAGCAGCAGCGGUGUCAUCACCUUCUUCCCGGAGCGGCGCGGGGAGGGAGUGCUGGCGCGCGUGGCGGACAUGACGGUGCGGGACGUUGCGACGGGGCGCGUGGGCCACGGGGGGGCCGUGUUCCCGCGGCCGACGGCGCUGCCGGCGGACCGGUCGGCGUACGGCGGCGAGGGCGGGUACGCGGACCUGAGCGCAUAUGCCAAGGUGCUGCGGUCGCUGCUGGUUGAUGACGGCAAGCUGCUGGCGCCAGCGACGGCCGAGCUGCUGUUCAAGCCGCUGCUGGACCCGGCGGCGCGCGCGUGGCUCAACGAGAAGACGCUCGUGCACCCCGAGUGGAUCGUCGGCACCGUGCCGCACGGUGUCGAGUAUGACUGUGGCGCCGGCGGGCUGCUUCUCGACGACGAUGGCCUUGCAGAAAACCACCAGCACCGGAAAAGGGGCUUCUUGAAGUGGGGCGGGGCGUGGAACUUGUUUUGGUUCAUCGACAGAGCCGCCGGCGCGUUCGGCGUCUUUGGGUCGCAGGUCUUGCCGCCGGCCGAUCCUGUGGUGCGGCCACUGAUCCAAGCGUUCGAGGAGGCCCUGUACUCGAGGCUCUGAGCCCGCUGUUAGACCAGAACUCACUGUGGGAGUUGUUGAGGAGCCAUCUUCCUCCUGCCGUUCAGUCAUCACAAGCUCGUUCGUAAUGUCAUUAGUCAAAGCGUAGAAUUUCCGUCGUAUCUAUAAUGCGAUUUCGCCGAAAAAUACUUGAGAGACAUCGAUUCCGAAUAAAAG